AUGCAUCGAUUCAGGAUGGAAAUUCUCACAGCUGUAGCUGCAUGGGCGAUCACUUCUGCAUGCCUCAACGUGCCCGUCGCUCGUCAAAUGCUUGGAGGCAUCUGCCGCAGAGACACAGCUGAGCUUGGACAGAGACUCUCGCCUACCGCAAAGAUCUUUGAGCCGGGCACUGCUGAAUUCGUCGAGGCCUCCGUUCGGUGGUCCAACCUCGAUGCACCCAAGCCUAACCUCGUUGUUGUUCCUGGCACUGAGAAUGACGUCGUCGAGAUUGUCAAAUUUGCCAACGAACAGGGCCUUCCCUUCCUGGCAUACAAUGGCGUGCACGGCGCUAUUACAACCCUUGGGAGAAUGGACAGUGGCAUCGAAAUAUACAUUAACCAGCUGAGCGGCGUUGAAGUAUCUGCGGAUGGUAAAACUGCCAAGAUUGCCGGUGGCACCAUGUCCAAAAAUGUCACCGACGCACUAUGGGCAACCGGGAAGCAGACAGUAACGGGAACAUGUGAAUGCGUCAGCACUUUGGGCCCUGCUCUGGGAGGUGGCCAUGGAUGGCUUCAGGGCCGUCAUGGCCUCGUCGCUGACCAGUUUGUGUCCAUGAACAUUGUACUAGCCGAUGGCACCCUGCAGACCAUUAACGAGACGUCUGAUCUCUGGUGGGCCGUCAAGGGUGCCGGUCACAACUUCGGUAUCGUGACAUCGGUUAACGUCAAGAUUUACGACAUCGAGCACCGCGAUUGGGCGGUCGACACUCUCAUCUUUAGCGGGGACAAAGUUGAAGAAGUCUAUGAAGCUGCCAACGAGCACCUUGUCAAGAACGGUACUCAAGCUGUUGAUGUUGUCAACUGGUCAUACUGGCUCAACAACCCUGAUGUUGACCCCGAGAACCCGGUCAUUUUGUUCUGGAUCAUUCAAGAGGGCGUUACCACCGUUGACCCCAUUUACACCCAACCUUUCCACGACAUUGGCCCUAUCUCAUCAACCCCGGAGUCCGGAACCUACCUUGAUCUCGCGGCGUGGACUGGUAUCGCUCUUGAUUCUAUUCCUUGCCAGAAGGUUGGCGGAAAUAACCCUCGUUUCCCCAUCUACACUCAGUCAUACAACAUCGAGUCUCAACGCAAGGCAUAUGACCUCUUCGCGUCCUCCAUCAAGGGCGACUCACCUUUUAACAACUCGCUCUUCAUGUUUGAAGGCUACUCAGUCGAUGGCGUGCGAGCUAUUGAUCACGACUCAACGGCCUUUGCUUACCGUGAUGACAACCUUCUCUUCGCCCCUCUCAUCACCUACACCCCCAACGGUACGGAACUUGACCAGCAGGCCGCCACGCUGGGCAACCAACUUCGCGACAUUAUUCAUGAGGGCACUGGACGCACCGAGCAGCAUGUUUACCUGAACUACGCUUUCGGUGAUGAGUCUCCAACGGGUUGGUACGGUAGUGAGCAGUGGCGCCAGGACCGUCUCAAGUCUUUGAAGACGAAGUACGACCCCAACGGAAGAUUCAGCUUCUACGGCCCCAUUGCUUAA